AUGGUAGACGUUGCUGUUGCUGCUGGGGCCUGCCCUGCUGAGGCCCAGGAUGGCAAACAGGUGCCUGCCGCCGCGUCCCAGAGCAGCCUGCUUAGGUUACCACGCCCGGUGCCACGGAUUCGCGUCCGACCGUGGUGGUUUCCUGUAGAGGAACUGACGGACCCGCUGGUGUUUCACCUGGAAGCAUGGCUUGUGGACCCUAUCUUCGGCCCAGACCGAGCCACAAUUCCGAAAAUUGAGUGGAUGAGCCAGGCCCUGCUGAUGGUGGAUGUAGUAGACUCUGAGGGCCUAGCCGAAAUCACCGUCUUCGGAAGGCCCCGGGUGCGGAAUCGGGUAAAGAGCGUUCUCCUGGGCCUGGCAUCGUCACACCGGGAACGUCGUUUCCGAGGUGAGAAGAUGAAACGUCUUGAGGAGUUCUUAAAGUCCCGUGCAGCAGGUCCCCAGACUCCGCAGACUCCUAAUGCUUAAGAUUGUUUAAGGAGUAUUGUGAGCCCAGUUUCUGUUACUAAAGU